AAAUAUCAGGCUAACCUUAUUCGGCAUGAGAAUAGUAUUUUUGUACAUGGUCCUGAUAUUCCGGAUCCAAUCACAAACUUUGAAGAGCUUCGUAAAACGUAUGGCGCACGAUCAUAUCUAUUGGAUAAUUUAGCCAAAUAUGGUUAUCGAAAGCCUACGCCCGUGCAGAUGCAAUCGAUUCCGAUAAUAUUGGGGGAGAGAGAAUUAUUGGCUUGCGCUCCCACCGGAAGCGGAAAAUCUUUAGCUUUUAUUUUACCAGUUUUACUGACAUUGAAAUCGACACAGAAUAAAGGUUUCAGAACAAUGAUAUUAUCUCCGACUAGGGAACUAGCGAAACAGAUUUAUCAGGAAUGUAAUAGGAUUGCUUUAGGAUCUGGAUUAAAAGUUUAUUAUCUAAAAAAAUGCAAUGCUACCAGUAACAAUUUCGGAUUGCAAUCAUCAAAGCGAUACGAUAUAUUAAUUGCGACACCAAGUCGCUUAAUCCAGUGUCUGUCUCGGAACUAUUCAACAGUGGCAUCAAUUGAUCUUAGCAGUGUGGAAUUAUUAAUAUUUGACGAAGCGGAUAAGUUUUUCGAAAGUGGUAGAAGCAGCUUUAGAGAGCAGGUUGGAAUAAUUUAUAAUUAUUGUAAUAACCCGAAAGUGCGUCGGGCAUUGUUUAGUGCUACAUUAUCUUUUGAGGUUGAGAAUUGGUGUAGGUCGCAUUUAGAUAAUCCUUUACAUGUCAUAGUUGGCCGAAGAAACGCAGCUGCAGAAACAGUCAGUCAAGAACUUAAAUUUGUUGGUCAGGAAGACGGCAAGUUGCUAGCCUUACGAGACAUUAUUAGGAAGGAUUUUGAUCCACCGGCACUUGUGUUUGUUCAGGACAAAGAAAGAGCUAAGCAACUUUUUCAAGAACUGAUUUAUGAUGGAAUAAAUGUGGAAGUAAUUCAUUCAGAUAGAACACAAGCACAGAGGGAUAACGUGGUCAAAAAUUUCCGCUUAGGAAAGAUUUGGAUUCUAAUUGCAACCGAGUUGAUGAGUCGCGGUAUUGAUUUUAAAGGAGUAAACUUGGUUAUAAAUUACGAUUUCCCGAUUACUGGGAUUGCUUAUAUUCACCGUAUUGGUUGGUAA